AAAAUUUAGUAUCUAAUUAUGUCUUAUGCUCGUGGUGUUUCAAUUAAAGAUGGUAUGGAAACAGAAGGUGUUGUUCCAUGUAACUGGAUAAUUGAAAAUAAACUGUAUUGGUCCAAUAGUUUAUCUGUGAUAAGACACUUUCAGCUCCUAAGUAUACCAGAUGUCUUAAAAUGGAAACAUUAUAAAUAUUUGUCAACAAAGUGUGUAGGAGAUGAACAAACAUGUCAAGACUAUGAGUUUGUAACAACCCAGGAGAAAAAAAGUGCUUCAGAAGAAUCGUUAAUAGAAAGUUCUAAUGAAGAAGACACGGUUGUUGUACCCAAAUUUUCAAAUGCUAUGUCUCUGCAAUCAAUGAUUUCAACACCACAACUAUCUGCAUUUAAAUCAUCUUGCAGCGUUAAAAAAUUGAGAACAAAAUCAUCUAUUCACAGUGGUGACAGAUUAGAAUCAUCAGGUUUCAAAAGCACAAGGAAGAUUGCAAGACCCUCACGGAAACUAUAUCAAACAAAACAACAUGUGGUGAAGCGUAGGCAUGGUUAUAACUAUCCUCUAACAAAUGAGAGUAAGUUUUAUACUGUUUAAUUGUUUAGGACUAGGGCAAGGUGUAUGUGGCAACCCUUUUUUUA